ACAGCCCCCUCCAGGCCCAGCUCCUGCCUCUCCUACCCUUUGAGGCCGGUAGUCUCUGCGUCCGGCCUCGGGGAGGGAGAGCUCCGCGCGCGCCAGGCCGGGCUGCCUCGCGAGCCGUGUAAGGGAGCAGAGAGCUGGCUCAGUCGAAAUGGCCCUGGUGCCCUAUGAGGAGACCGCGGAAAUGGGGUUGCAGAAAUUCCACAAGCCUCUUGCCACCUUCUCCUUUGCAAACCACACGAUCCAGAUUCGGCAGGACUGGAGGCAACUGGGAGUCGCAGCGGUGGUGUGGGACGCGGCUGUCGUUCUUUCCACGUAUCUGGAGAUGGGAGCUGUGGAGCUCAGGGGCCGCUCUGCCGUGGAGCUCGGUGCUGGCACGGGGCUGGUGGGCAUAGUGGCGGCCCUGCUGGGUGCUCAUGUGACUAUCACGGAUCGAAAAGUAGCAUUAGAAUUUCUUAAAUCAAAUGUUCAAGCCAACUUACCUCUCCAUAUCCAACCCAAAGCUGUUGUUAAGGAGCUGACUUGGGGACAGAAUUUGGGGAGUUUUUCACCUGGAGAAUUUGACCUGAUACUUGGAGCUGAUAUCAUAUAUUUAGAAGAAACAUUCACAGACCUUCUUCGAACUUUGGAACAUCUCUGUAGCAACCACUCCGUGAUUCUUUUAGCUUGCCGAAUCCGUUACGAACGGGAUAACAACUUCUUAGCGAUGCUGGAGAGGCCAUUUACAGUGAGUAAAGUUCACUAUGAUCCUGAAAAAGAUGUACAUAUUUACAAAGCACAGAAGAGAAACCAGAGGGAGGGCUUAUAGUUGGCUAUGAUUUAUAGGAACCUUGUCAUUAACUGUGUCCAUUAAGGUCUUAGCCUGUGAAUCUAACUGUGAAAUGGCUUCCUGUACAAAAAGCCUAACUAAAGGUUCUCAGGGGACAAAGCAAAUGCUCAGUUUUAACACAAAGCAGCAACAAACUUUGUCCCAGUGCUGUGACUUUUUGGUCAUAUAUUGCUCACUCAGAAACUCCAUUAACAUUAAAGGGACAUGCGUGACUUUGGUUUAUGCUCUUUCUGUAAUCCCACGCUGCUCCCGCCGGAGGAGCAGUUCUCACUGAUGCAGUGAUGAAGGGUUCGUGUAAAGGCGACUUCAAAGCAGUGAGCUUGUUUUGUUUUAGAGACAGGCUGACUCAUGCCAACCAUUUAAAAUACACUCUAAGGUAUAUAUGUUUAGCCAGUUUUCCUAACUUUCUGAAUAUAAAACAGGAGGUUUAACAUGCAUUCCCUGAACUGUUAAUACUCUUCUGUCUGCCCAUUUAGGUCUCUCAUACUUUUGGUUGGUUGAGAUUGGGGUGAGUUUUCUCAGUCUCCUGUCAUGCUUUUUGGCUCGAUUUCAGUUUUAGGUAUAUAAACA